AACCACUGCUCAAAGGGAUGUAGCCUACGUGUCCUUUUUUUAAAAUUGUAUUUUCUGUUGUAGCUGUCUGAUUUUAUUUUGAAAAACAUGUUACCAAACAUCCGGUGCUGUCUUCGCGUAAACUUGACUGCUUUGUGCGCUGACUCAAUCAAUGAUCCGUUGCUCGGGGUUUCGAUUGAGCAGCCUGGCCCGGGCCAACACGAAGCGAUAAUAUGGGGAGUCGGGUCUGCCCGUCUUUUCUGUCUUUCACCUUUACAGAGUUUAUCAUCGUUACCUGAAGCUGUCUGCGUUUAACCCGCGUGGCUGUGUUCUCCGUUCACCGCGGCUGUUUGUUCGAUGUCGCGUUUGAGGACCGUCCGUCAAAGCAUCACCUGGCGUCUGCCGGCGGAGUGAAGAGCGCCGCAGCCUUGCGUCAAAGCCAGCUAAAAGCUAAACCGUGGGUAGGACAAGUCAGCAAUAAAGACCGGCAACAGCCACGUUACCCCGAGCUAGCCAGCCAGCCAGCAGACGGGUUAUUUUUGGCACGGUUGCGUACACAUGCUCCGUUUUAGACGCUAGUCCAAACAUCUGUGCAGAAGCUGUAAGAACAAAAAACCUUUCGAGUGUAUUUUAGGGUUUGUAUAUCAUCUCACCAGGUACCUGAACAUAACUCUGUUUUUAAAGCACAGGUAAACAAAAAAAACCCCAGUUAAUUGUGAUUAAUUGCGCAACAUCUGGUUAAAAAAAGGGGCCUCAUAUCUAACACAUGAGGCCCGGUUGAAAAAAGAUGGACCUGAAUUUUUAUUCGGAUUUGACGGACGGUACCGGGCAGCACGACGGGGAUCCAGAGUUCCUGGAUCCGCAUUCAUUCAAUGGAUUUGACUCUGACAACAAGUUCCCUGGAGGAAGUGACAACUACCUGACAAUCUCCGGGUCCAGCCAUCCCUUCCUCUCGUCUUCAGAGACCUUCCACACUCCCAGCCUCGGCGAUGAGGAGUUCGAGAUCCCCCCGAUCUCUCUGGACCCGGACUCGGCCCUCACCGUGUCGGACGUGGUGUCGCACUUCGGGGAGCUGUCGGACACGGGACCCUCGGACAGCGUGGUGGUCCCCGGGAACGCCGUGGUGGAAGGGGACGACCCGUCGUUCGCCUCCACCUUCGUCAACGCCCCCUCACAGGGGCUGGAGCACCUGAGUCUGGGGGUCAUAGGUCACCAGUCGGGAGGCGGCGCUCUGCUGGGGUCGUCACUGGGGAUGGACCUCGGCCAUCCGAUCGGCUCUCAGUUCAGCAGCUCGGUCACCAUCGACGUCCCGCUGGGCGACAUGAGCCAGGGCCUUCUGGGCUCCAGCCAGCUCACCACCAUCGACCAAUCGGAGCUCAGCGCUCAGCUGGGGCUCGGCCUGGGAGGAGGGAACAUUUUGCAACGCUCCCAGUCGCCCGAACACCGGCUGUCGGCCACGGCGUCGCCCACCAGCUCGCUGCAGGACGACGACAUGGACGACUUCAGGAGGAGCGUCCUGGUCGAGUCCCCCGUCUCCCUGGCCGUCUCCCCCGGCGUCAUCUCCCUCGACCCCUCGCUGUCGGCGCCCCCUCUCUCCGCUCCGGCCUCCAGAGAACAACAGAAGAGAUACCCCAACGAGCAUCAGAAACCCGUGUCGGCCUACGCCCUGUUCUUCAGCGACACGCAGGCGGCCAUCAAGGGGCAGAAUCCCAACGCCACGUUCGGGGAGGUGUCAAAGAUCGUGGCGUCCAUGUGGGACAGCCUCGGGGAGGAGCAGAAACAGGUUUACAAGAGGAAAAACGAAGCGGCAAAGAAGGAUUACUUGAAGGCGAUGGCGGAGUACAGAGGCGGACAUUUUUCUCAGGCUCCGAUUGAAGUCAUGGACACCUCCCCGUCGCCCCCUCCUCCAGCCCCCGCCCCCUCCAUCAAGACCUCCCCCGCCUCCACCCUGUCCGCUCGCACCACCCGCUCCCAGCACUACAACCCCGAGGAGAACACCAUCACCAACAUCUGCACGUCCAACAUCAUCCUGGACCUCCCCCAGGUCACGACGCGCUCUCGGACCGGCGCCAUUAAACCCCAGCCUCCACCCGCCCCCCCGCAGAACCCCCCCGCCGUCACCAAAAUCAUCAUCAAGCAGACGCAGCUGCCCUCCGGCGGCGUGUCCGUCACGGCGACGGCCGCCUCCUCGCCGCGCCAGCCGCCGCCCCUCCAGCAGAUGCAGAGCAACCCUCCUCCCCCGCGGCUGCAGCAGAUGGUGCGCGCUCAGGCUCCGCCCCCUCUGCAGGCCAAACCGCGGGGAGGAGGAGCAGCAGCUGCCGCCGCCAAGGCCCCGCCCCCGCUGCAGAUCAAAGUCGUCCCGUCGGCGAGACAGUCGGACGCGAGCGUGCCGAUCAUCGUGACGUCGUCGGGCGAUGCGCCCACAUCGGUGUCGCUGCUGGGUCUGAGGAUGGAGGUCGGUCAGUCGGGCGAUGUGGAGGCGGGAGGAGAGGAAGUGGUGGAGGCGGAGGAAGGGAUGGAGGUGGAGGUGAACAUCGCCCCUGUCCCCAGCUUGACCCCCACCGCCAGCCGGAACGUGUGCGUGCGCGCCGGCUGCAACAACCCGGCCGUGGAGAGCAAAGACUGGGACAAAGAGUACUGCAGCAACGAGUGUGUCGCCAACCACUGCAGAGAUGUGUUCAUGGCCUGGUGUUCCAUCCGAGGGCAGAACUCCACCACCGUCACAUAGGGAAGAAGAAAAACUGACGAGCAAAAAAAAAAAAAAAAAAACCCUCGCCAGUUUAUACGCUUCACGGAGAGGAAACACGGACAAGGAACAAAAAAAAUAAUAAUUAACACGAAGGAAUGAAUGAUCAGGCUCAGGUAUCGGCACAUAAUCAUGAGAAGAAAACAAGAACUAAGAGGAAGACGCACCUGCAGGGGAGAAAAAAAAAGCUGAAAGUCACUAAGAUGCUUUUUUUUUUUUUUCUGGGAUCGAUUAAUCUCCCCUGGCGGCGGCGUACUUCCUGCAGCGGGAGCAACGGCUCACAGUGAGGACGCAAAUAAUGCACCAGAGGAAACUAAAGACUGGACUCUGACUUCCCUAAUGAUCCUCUCUGUUGGGAAUCUGCAUCACAGACUUCUAUAUAUACACAAAUAUAUACAUAAAUAUAUCAAAUGGAUCAUUUUUUAUGGACUUGGUGUGUUUUUAAUUGUCAUGAAAAGAUUAAAAAAAAGCAGGAAAUCAUGACCCUGCAGAUAAAUUCAGCUUCUUGGCUCUGCCCAUCACAGUCGCAUCGAGGACGGAUUCAUGUCAAAGAAAUCUGAGAAGACGUUAUUGUUUCAUUUUUUUGUCGGCGGCUUCUUAAAGGGACAGACGAGCGACGAUCUGGACGAAGCACAAACGGUCUUAAAAGGUCUCGUUUGGAGGCGAGGUGUUUGUUGCCUUCUGAGCCGCUCGAAGACAAAAAAAAAACGACCGUUGAAACCAUUUGAGAGGAAACUUUCCAAACAGGUGCUAACAUUCAGGAAACUACAAACUGUUUCCUCAGUUCUCACUUUUCUGCCGAGUCACCUGAAAAACAACAACGCGAGAGUUUUAAAGGUGCAGAUUUUGUGGUGUAAUGUGUUUGAGGGGGAAAAAAAUAAGAAAAUAUAUGAAAUAAAGACACCAGCUUCAACAACACUUCUGUAAGAGGAGGGGGAGGGGAGGGGGUGUUAAGGGAAUCCAGUGUAAAAGCUUUACUUUUUAAACAUGACGGUGUUUUAAUUUAAAGAGCUGCCUUCAGGGCGGUUUAAUGACGGAGGACAGGACGGUCGAUGAUGCAGUGAUCAUGCUGGUUGAUUGUAAAUAUCCUGGAAAUGUUUGUAAUUGUGAAAUAAAAUAUUUUAUGUUUUAAUAUA